AUGUACAAUGUCAUAUCGUACAUUGCACGAUACGUACAUCGUACGAGCAAAAGCUGGUUGCCAUCAUUCCUCGAUUUGCCCGAUGCGCUCGACCGACUUGUUCGUUCGGCCGCCGGCAGCGCCCCCCAAGAUUCAUCCGGACGCGCUCGUCAAGCCCCUCACCAAGAGUUCGAGCCUGAUCUAGCGGGGGCGUGCCCGACGCAUGGUCUUCUCGUUCUCAGGACGUCGCUCAUCAUCUUCACGGCGCUGAUUGUGGCCAACCGCGAUGACCCGCGCUUCCCGACCCAGCCGCGCGUGCAAUGGCUGCGCAUCACGUCUACCGGGUGGAUCACAUGCCCGCCCGCGCUCGACACGACCACGGACGUCGACAACGUCGUCUUUCGGUCGCCCUCUGGGACGCCGCUCCAACACAACCGCGUCGCUGUCCUGACCAAGACCUCGACGUCCAAGGGUCAUACGACGGAUAUCAACUUUGACGGCGCGACGCAAGACGAGCAUCCGACGCUCGCAAACGCCCUCGUGCUUUCCGAUCGCAAGGUCACGGUGCGCGGGCCUGUGCCGUCGCAUUGCUUCUGGCUGGACGCCGACAUGAUCUGCUACGCGAUCACGCUCGGUACGCUGGCCCACCAACUGGACUUCACGGACGUCAUUCGCGCAACCGCGCGGUCGUUUGGCGCAUUCAAGCUUACGACAGGGACGAUCGGGAGCUCAUCCGGCGGUGCUGCCAUGCGCUUGUUUUCUGGCUACUCGCCCUUCUUCAAGACGGUCUUGUCGAGCUCCAAGAAGAACAACAACAGAACCAAGCGCCAGAAGGUCCAACACGACGAAGCGGAGGCAGAAGAAGCGGCGCUGCCCGCGGUCGACGAGUCGCUCGACAUCGGCGGCAUCCGCGACCUCGAGGCGCGCCUGGCCGCCAGCGAGGCCGAGCUCGAGACCGCUCGGAGCUCUCUGCUGCGCAUGAGCAUCAGAACGGACGCAGCGCUUUUCAAGACGCCGAGGAAAAGGCAGCGCCUCGACCAUUACUCGUCCCCUCGACAGGGAAUUUUGGA